AUGGGUUUCUUCCGCACCUUAGUUUCCUUUUCCAUCCUUGCGCUGUCUGUUGCCAAGCCCCUUAAAUUCAUUGGCCUUGACGACACCAAAAAUGCUGUCCCUAAUUCCUAUAUCGUCGUGAUGAAAAAUGCCAUCACGGAAUCGGAAUUCAAAAACCACCAGGUUUGGGCUGCUAAAAUCCAUAGUCAUAGCUUGAACAAGCGUGAUCCGGAGGAGACGCCGUUGGAUGGUGUUAAAAACGCUUUCGAUUUCCCAGGGUUCAAGGGUUACAGUGGUAUCUUCGACAAAAAGACAAUUGAGGCGAUCACUGAAAGUUCUGCUGUCGACUACGUUGAAAUAGACCGUGUCGUGAAACUGUCCGCUCUCACUACCCAAAGCAAUGCGCCAUCAUGGGGUCUGGGCAGAAUCUCGCAUAGAGGAGCUGGUAGCUCUGACUAUGUGUACGAUGACAGUGCUGGUCGAGGCAUUACCAUCUACGGCGUCGACACUGGCAUCGAUAUCGGUCACCCCGAUUUUGGCGGCCGUGCAUCUUGGGGAACUAAUACCGUUGAUGACAAGGACGAGGACACACACGGUCAUGGCACGCAUACCGCUGGGACAUUUGCUGGAGCAACAUAUGGAGUUGCUAAAAAGGCAAAUAUCAUUGCAGUAAAAGUGCUUAAUGCCCAAGGUUCAGGGACGACCAGUGGUGUUAUCGGGGGCAUUCAGUGGUGUACGAACCAUGCAAGGGAUAACGGCCUUCUUGGCAAGACUGCUAUGAACUUGAGUCUGGGUAUUCGUGGCUCUCGCGUUUUUAAUGAGGCGGCGGAGGCAGCUCAGAGAGCUGGUAUAUUCCUUGCUGUGGCAGCUGGGAAUGACGGGGCUGACGCGGGUCAAUUCUCUCCUGCUUCUGCACGGGGUGUUUGCACGGCUGCGGCCACGUCUAGACAGGAUCAAGCAACGUCCUGGUCAAACUAUGGGUCCGUUGUUGCGGUAUACGCUCCAGGAGACGAAAUACUUUCUGCUGCUCCGAACGGGGGAACGGCCACGCUGUCAGGAACAUCUAUGGCAUCUCCCCAUGUUUGCGGAGUGGGUGCAUAUCUGAUGGUCCUCGAGGGCAUCGGCCCAGACAGGGUCUGUGACCGCAUUAAACAACUCGCACAGCAAAGUGUCAGGAAUCCGGGACCAAAUACGACCAAUAAAUUGCUCUAUAAUGGCAAUGGUGCGUAA